UCGUCUUACAAACGGUACUGCAAAAACCAACUCUCUCGUUUGUACCGGAGCUUCUAUCUCUCCGUUCUUGAACGAACAAACGAACGAAUCCACCGCCUCAAUCUUCUCCGAUCAGGUCGUGCAAAUGGAAGUGGAAACUAGUUUGAAGCACGUGAACGGAGCCAUGGCGGAGAUCUUUUCGAGAGAUUUCAAUCCGACGGCUGUGGUGUCUGAGCCGUUGCCUCCGGUUGUGGCUGAGGAGAACGGAGGGCUUGUGAAGAUUAUUGCUGAGUCUGAGAUGGAGAGUGAGAGUGAGAGAGAGAUUGUGCUCGGGAAGAACGUGCACACCACGUGCCUAGCUGUCACGGAGCCGGAAGCUAACGACGAGUUCACCGGUGACAAAGAGGCUUACAUGGCUGGCGUCUUGGCUCGCUACAGGAAGACUUUGGUCGAACGGACUAAGCACCAUUUAGGUUAUCCCUAUAAUCUUGACUUCGAUUAUGGUGCCCUUGGUCAGUUGCAGCAUUUCUCCAUCAACAAUCUUGGGGAUCCAUUUAUUGAAAGCAACUAUGGUGUUCAUUCAAGACAGUUUGAAGUUGGUGUUUUGGAUUGGUUUGCUCGUCUAUGGGAAAUAGAGAAAGAUGAAUACUGGGGAUACAUUACAAAUUGUGGUACAGAAGGCAAUCUUCAUGGCAUUUUAGUUGGGAGGGAGGUGUUUCCGGAUGGGAUUCUGUAUGCAUCAAAAGAGUCCCAUUAUUCUGUCUUUAAAGCUGCACGUAUGUAUAGAAUGGAAUGUGUUAAGGUUGACACUCUGAUGUCUGGUGAAAUUGAUUGUGCCGAUUUCAAAGUUAAACUACUUGCGCACAAGGACAAACCGGCUAUUAUCAAUGUUAAUAUAGGAACAACUGUGAAAGGAGCUGUUGAUGACCUUGAUCUUGUGAUACAAACGCUUGAAGAAAGUGGAUUUAAGCAUGAUUGCUUCUAUAUUCAUUGUGAUGGAGCUUUAUUCGGACUCAUGAUGCCCUUUGUUAAACGUGCUCCAAAGGUUAGUUUCAAGAAACCCAUCGGAAGUGUGUCUGUCUCUGGCCACAAGUUUGUGGGAUGCCCAAUGCCUUGUGGUGUUCAGAUAACAAGGAUGGAGCACAUCAAUGCUCUCUCAAGGAAUGUCGAGUACCUUGCUUCAAGGGAUGCCACGAUCAUGGGAAGCCGAAAUGGCCAUGCUCCUCUCUUCCUCUGGUACACCCUCAAUAGAAAAGGAUACAAAGGCUUCCAGAAAGAAGUCCAGAAGUGUCUUAGAAACGCUCACUACUUGAAGGACCACCUUCGAGGUGUUGGUAUCAGUGCCAUGUUGAAUGAACUUAGCAGCACAGUUGUGUUUGAGCGUCCUCAAGAUGAAGAGUUUGUUCGAAAGUGGCAGCUUGCCUGCCAAGGUAAUAUCGCUCAUGUUGUGGUUAUGCCUAGUGUCAACAUUGACAAACUAGACGAUUUCUUGAACGAGUUGGUUGAGCACCGCUCAACCUGGUACGAGGGGGGAAAGGCUCAGGCUCCUUGCAUUGCGGCAGAUAUAGGAACUGAAAAUUGCUGUUGUUCUCUCCAUAAGUGAUAGAUUGUUUGCAUGCAUUAGCUCUCCAUAAGCGAUAGAUUGUUAUUGCUUGGGAUUAUUUGUCUGUUGUCUUGUUUGUAUCAAAAUUCUUGAUUUUAAUAGAAUCUGGAUUUGUUUUA